AUGGACCUCCACGCGAACACCAACUUUAUGCAGGCCGUCUAUCGAGCCGAGAUGAAGACAGAGGAAUACGUCUACAUUCUGCCUUGGUUGUCUCAUAUCAACGAUCAUCACCCCUGGGAAGCAACCACCGUAGACAAACAAGAAGUAAAGGCUGCUUAUGAGAACACGAUGAUCAUCACCGCCCACGGCUACGACGCGAAAUUCUUCGACGAUUUUCAAGAGAAAUUUAUUAAGACGACUGGGAUGCUGGCUACACACUAUGCCACCCUGGCCUAUAUGACGUUAUACGAUGCUCUCUUCCUGUACGGCCUGGCGUUGAGGGAUGCGUUCGAAGAUACCGGGGAUUAUGAUGUACACUUCAAUGGGUCGUACAUAUGGGAGAAGAUGACGAAUCGACAAUUUAUGGGCGUAACAGGGCUGGUGUUGAUGAACAACAAAGCAAUUCGUGUCCCUUCAUAUGCUACAUAUCAUACCUCGAAUGGUAGCUUACGGAUCGUCGUCGAGCUCGAGGCCAAGCUCGGCGAGCGCGACAAGUGCAAUUCGAACUUGGAAUUGUGCUCGGAACAUGUAGCCCACGAGGUGGUACAGUUCUAUUGGAACAGCCAUAAUGGCCAACUACCUCAAUCCAGUACCGUCCUGUGGUUUUACAGGAGCCGAUUG